AUGCGACACAUGCCGAACCCACGCGUAUUCACAUGCUCGUUAUGUCGGGCCAAGCCCGAUGCUAGGAGGCAGCGGGUUGUGAUACUGGGCUCCGGAUGGGCGGGAUAUACCUUUUCUCGCACCCUCGAUCCUACCAAGUACGAGCGGAUUGUCAUUUCACCUCGCAGUUACUUUGUCUUCACGCCGCUGCUGGCUUCGACAUCAGUUGGCACACUGGAAUUCCGAGCAGUGCUUGAACCUGUCCGCCGUCUACCAGGAGGCGUACGCUUCCAUCAAGGAUGGGCCGACGAGGUGGACUUUUCUCGCAAAGUUGUUCGUGUCGAGGCCAAUGCUCCGCUUAGAGGGGAGUUAUUCGACGUCGCGUACGACAAGCUUGUCAUUGCAGUCGGCGCCUAUAGCCAGACUUUUGGCAUCCAAGGCGUUCGAGAACACGCACACUUCCUGCGCGAUGUAGGUGAUGCGCGACGGAUUCGGCUUCGGGUGCUCUCGCUCUUCGAACAAUGCUCGUAUCCGACUCGUCCGGACAACAAAGACGGCAGUGUAGCGACGAACCCGCUCUCCGAGGAAGACAAACGAUCCCUGCUUCACUUCGUCAUCGUGGGUGGCGGUCCAACAGGAAUUGAGUUCGCCGCAGAGCUACACGACCUGAUCCAUGAGGACCUGAAAGCUAUGUACCCAGAGCUAAUACCGCUAGUGCGUAUCACUGUCUAUGAUAUCGCGCCCAAAGUGCUACCUAUGUUCGAUCAAGCGCUGGCAAACUAUGCCAUGGAACAUUUUGCACGACAGGGAAUCCAGGUCCGGACAGAACACCAUCUCGAGCGUGUAAGAGUGGCUGACGGAGAUCUUGGACGAGCACACGGCGGGCUCAGCAUCAAGAUCAAAGAGUAUGGCGACGAAGAGGUCAACGCCGGGUUAGUGGUCUGGAGUACCGGGUUGAUGCAGAACCCAUUUGUUGAGCAAGUGGACCAAAAGACGGGUGGUAUAGUCACAGACCGUUAUCUGCGUGCUCGUAUAACCAAUGAUCACGAUACCUCCAUUGGUACAGCAGAUGCCGUCCUACCGGAUGUCUUUGUAAUUGGUGAUUGCGCCGUAAUGGAGAGCGACCGGUCACUACCCAAAACAGCACAAGUAGCCUCCCAGCAAGCAGGACAUCUCGCAAAGCAACUCAACAAAAGCACUCAAACUUCUUCAAACCCUACCGACGUCAGCAACGCUUGGAAGCCUUUCAAAUUCCGCAACUGGGGCACAUUGACGUACCUCGGCGGGUGGAAGGCGAUACACCAGAGCUCUGCCGACGAGCUACGCGGGUGGGUUGCUUGGAUUGUAUGGCGAGGAGCCUAUUUGACGAGAAGUAUGAGUGUGCGGAAUAAGCUGAUGGUGCCUGUGUAUUGGUUCGUGUCUUGGGUGUUUGGGCGAGACAUUUCACGAUUCUAA